AUGCGAGAUUUGUAUAUGAAAAAUGGUCAAGGAUUUGUACUUGUAUAUUCAAUAACUGCUCCAUCAACAUAUAAUGAUCUUAUUGAUUUACGUGAUACAAUUCUUAAAGUAAAAGAUACAUUUGAUAUAUUUUUUGAUCUUGUUCGUCAAAUAAAUAAACUAACAGCAGUAACUAAAGAUAAAAAAACGAAAAACAAAAAUUCUGGUCAGACUAGUAACCGAAAUUCAUCAGCUCCAGAUAGAACAAAUGAUAUUGAUAUCUAA